AGGUCAAAAUGGCUUCUCUGUGUGAAUGACAGAAAAGACUCGUUGCAACUUUCGUCGGCAAGUUGUAGGGUCGUUUGCUCUGUGUACGGUGGACGCUUGUCAUUAGACAAGCAACAUAAACGGAAACAAUUCACCAUAGUUUCGAAAUGUUGCAUAAGCAGAUUAACUGUGUAGAUUUCUAUUGACCACGAACAACACAUCACAUAACCAAAUGUUUACAUUAUGUGUCGACACAGAACAGCUUUAGUUAUUGUGUUUGUUAUUUUCUUGGACUAUUUGAUGGUGGAGUGUAAAAUGUUCCAAUAUCCCAGGUAUUCAUACAAAAAGAAACCAAAAUCAGAAAGACGCUUUAAGAGUGAGAGAAAUAAGUGUGAUAAUGACGCUCAGUGUGCUAAUGUACCACCAGGACUCCCAAAACUUAACUGUAUUCGUCAAUGUAUGUCACAAAAAUGCUACGAUGACAUCUAUGCAUUUGAUGAGCUGGAAGAUGGAGAAAUAGACGUUAGAUUAACAUCAUUUAAAGGAUGCUGGACCAGUGAAUAUAUUGCACGUAAUAGGGAUCUUUGAUGUCACUGUGGAUUUAGAAGUCUUUCAACUUUGUGAAGCUACCUACCUUAUCACAUGUGUUAAGAACAAGAACAGAUGGUUACAUUUAAGAAUAUAAAAUUAUGUCUUGUCUUUGAUUAAAAUAUGUCGAGAAUACAUAACGGUGCCAGGUGGAAUUAAAUCGCAAAACAUGUAUAUUGUUCAUACCAUGUAUAUUGCGAAACAGCUGUCAUCAACAUGCACACAAGUUUGUAGUCUAAACAAAUUGAAAUAAACACUAUUUUAUUUAAGUAAA